AUGACUCCCAAACUUAUUCUUUUCUUGGUUACACUCUUCACUGUCAUUCAUAAAUCUCUAGGAGCCCCAGUUCAUAAUCUUAUCCCAAGAGUGACAGAUGGCUGCUACAUGGUCUUGUCUCCCAAUCCCACAACAGACCUUUUGGUUGCUUAUCAAGGUGGAACAUAUAAGAUCAAUGUUAAAUUUGGUGAUGGAGCCAAGGCUGACCGUGACAAAGCCUAUGCCGGAACCAACCCAAACUUCAAAUUCACGUACAAUGAGGGAGAUCUGAAUAAAUGCGGGAAGACCACUGAACACUAUACCCUACAAGAAUUAAUGAAGGAUAAGCCAAAUGCAGUUGUAAAGGACCCGUUAAGUGAGUCUCUUUAUGAUUUACUCACUGAUAGUAAGGAUCCUCACUGUGUUAAUAAUCAUAAUGCUUCCAUGAAAUCUCAAGGUGUUGAAUGGUACACAUUCAUCUUUGGAACAGAUUUAGUCAAGGCUAAGAAUGCAUUUGAUGCCUUGAACCAGGAAUUGGUAGACUUUGGAAAGUCAACAUUCACAAAUGAAGCUGAAGUCAAGGAUUGGGCAAAGAAAUUUGUCACCAAUGUUGAGGGUCAUUUAUCCACAUAG